ACCAAAGCUUCAGAUUUGACGGCAAUACAGCAUUGCUCAGUUGCACAAAAAUUUGAUGCUAGUUGAUCGACAUGACUGCUUCCAUCCUGAUCUUAAUUUAAAGAAGCGUCAAUUUUAAUAUAAGAUUUAUACUGUGUCCAUAUAAGAAACGCAAUUGAAUUUUACCAAUGUUGAUACUGAAAUAGCUGAGUAAUUUCCAGUCUAGUUGAGAAAAUUAAGGGAUUGUAGAAACCCAGGAUAGUUUAUAAAAAAAAAGUAUUAAACAAUAAUUAAAAAAUAAUUUGCAAAGAAAUAAUAAAUAAUUUUGGUAUAUAACUUUACGUAACUAAUUUUACACAUAAGUUUUAAACACAUGCAAAGUAGAAUUUAAGUUAUGCGAAAAAAUGAGUUUCAAAGCAACUAAAGAAAUUAUAGAAGAUGGAGAUAUUGUUAUUUUAUAUUUAAAUCCAAACAAUAUGUAUUCUCUGGAAGUAAAAGCGAAAAUUUGUAAUAAAAGAGGCCAAAUCAUAGACAAUGUGUUCAAUACCACUUAUGGUGCAUUGAAAGUUAUCUCUCUCAUCGGGCAAAAGUAUGGUUCAAAAGUAGAGUUAACUCGAGGCUGGGCAUAUGUGUUACAGCCAACACCAGAGCUCUGGACGCUCAUGUUGCCUCACAGAACUCAAAUUAUUUAUAGUCCAGACAUAAGUCUUAUUAUACACUUAAUGGAACUUAGACCAGGAAGUAUAGUUGUCGAAACAGGUACUGGUAGUGGCUCUUUAUCUCACUCAUUAAUACGAGCGAUACGUCCAAGUGGUCAUUUGUACACCUUUGAUUUUCAUGAACAGCGCAUAUCUAUUGCUAGUGCAGAAUUUAGAAAACAUGGUUUGAGUGACUUUGUAACUUUGAAGAAAAACGACGUUUGUUUAGAAGGAUUUGGAGAAGAGUUGAACCACAAAGUUGAUUCAGUAUUUCUGGAUCUUCCACAUCCAUGGUUAGCUAUAGAUCAUGCCAUUGUUGUUUUAAAGAAAACAGGUGGAAAACUCUGCUUUUUCUCUCCUUGCAUCGAACAAGUUCAACGUACUUACGCAAAACUGAUUCGCAAAGGAUUUAUAGAAUUACAUACAUACGAAUGCUUGCAAAAAGAAAUAAACGUCCAAAAUAGAUCUUUGCCAAUAUUAGAUUUGGAAUGCUUGAAGUAUAAGGUUGGUAUAGUUUUUAAUAUAUUUUUUGAAAAUAAAAUAACAGUGAUGAUGGAGACAUAAGAGUUGUGUCUCUGUGCCAAAGAUUCAGAUUCAAAUUUGUUCAGAACAAUAUCAAAUUUUUAAUUACCAUCUCUCGGAAGACAAAUCACCGAGAGUUUUUGCCAAGAACUUUUGCCAAGGAAUUAUAAAGUGUCACAAUAAACAAUCUAUCACAUUAUUACAAUGAUAUUUUAAAAGGUAACGUUUUCAAAUGUAGAGUUGUUAUAAUGUUAUUAUGAAAUAUAGUAUUAUGAAAUGUAAGGGAUCAGGUUCGUUCCGAUAAAGAUUAGAGCCCAGAUAGUAUUGAACAUGUUAUGAGUGACACACUCAUACCGAUAAGAAAGGUGUCAGUAACACCGAUGACGUAAGUCGGUCAGCUGCAGCAGUCAGCAUCGAGCGCAUUGCGCGAGGUUCCGCGCAAUCCACUCGACAAUUAGCGCAAUGCUCCUUAGACAGCUGUCUAAGCAAGGUUUUGGAAUACUGACUUAUUUUUGCGCCCUCACGCAAUCCUCCCUUUCUCUCGAUUCGACUACCGAAUUUACAAAUAUAUAAACCGCCAAAAAAAGUGAGGGACGGGUCAAUCCGAAGUCGACAAACCGAGAUAGCCAGACUCUGCUUUGCGGGGUCGUGGACAGUGCACUCAUAGACGCGACACUGUCGCGAUCUAACCGCACACUGUAAAAACAGACUUUAUAAUAAAAGUGCUCAACACAAA